AUUCGUUUGACAUUCCGCGCCAAACCUCCGCUCGCGACUGUCGUGUCGCGUCGCUCGCAGUACCCGCGCGAUCGAUUGUGUUUGUGAUUAUUUCAUUACAAGUUUAAUUAACUACCCCCAAACAUUGUGCGAUGUGCUAUGGAGCUUGGUCUGUUGUGAUUGCCCAUGACCAGGGUUGAGUGAGUUUCUGUUUAAGGAAGUUUUCAUCAGGUGUCGGCAUGUUGAAACACGUCGCGGUGUCCCCUCAUCGCGCGCGCGCCGACUCCGUGAGUCUCGCGUCCUCUGCCUCAUGCUGCAGCCUUGGUAGUUUGGACCACCGCCACGACUCUGUUGGAGACCUUUCUCAGCGAACGACGACGAUAAAAGUGUACGCGCGUUGCUUACGUCCGGACAUCGAAUACAAGACGCUAUCUGUCACUUGGGGCACGAGCGCUCGCGAAGUCGUCGGCACUUUGCUCGGCAAGUUCCGGAUGAAGCACCGGGACCCCAGACUGUUCUACCUGAGCAUGGAAGUGAGGGUGAGGGCCGCGGGGCUGAGGACGGAGCUCGUGUUGGAUGACGACGCGAGGCCAGCCGCGCUGCAGGCCUGCCAUCCGAAGGGAUACUCCAAGUUCUCCCUACGGAUGCGACCAGGCGGUUUGGUGAAGAUCUACGAUUCAGCGUUAAUGUCCUCUUCACAAUACAAGUGCUUGCUCACCAGCGAACGGACCACUGUGGACGAGCUGCUGGCUAUCCUGCUGCACUGCUAUGAUUCUGCUGAGGGUGUCGAGAGGUUCUCACUCUAUGAGGUGUGUCCAUCUCAAGAAAGCGAGAGAAAACUGCACCCUGACGACUUACCGCUUCUGGUUCAACAAGCAUGGCCCCCGGACUCCAACUGCCACUUCCGAGUAAGGAGGAACCCACGAGCGCCGCCUCUACCCCCUCGCCCCCUACCCCCACCUGAAACCCCUUCCAGCGAAGACGACGAACCCUCCAGGGCCCUCUCAGCUCUCUCCCUCGAAGACAUCGAGAAGAAACGAUACAGCCCAGUCUACAAGUUUCCCAGCCUCACUUACUGCCGGGAAACCAAGAAUGAUUACCUCUAUAUUUGACUAACCGACAAUAUAGUCAGAUGCGCGCAAAUUAUGAGAAUCCUCAAAGGCUGUAAGUCACGCAGUGCCCGGACAAUGAAAAAGCGACUUACUUGUGCUGUAACUAAAGUUUAGUGUUGUAUAAAGUGUAAAUAAAACAAAGACUAAUCGAGACUGAGUGGUAAUCUCUUACGAAGUGCGAAACCAAAGAGAUAAUGCAAUGUACGUCAGUAACAUGGAAAUUAACACUUAUUGUAAUUGACAAAGGUUCAUUUUUGAAUGGAAUACUCGAGGUCAGUUGGAAGUCAGGUGUAAAACAUGGUAACUCCCAGUUUGAUUUUGUAAAUAAUUUCCGAUGUAUGCAAUUUUGUUGAAUUUUGUAAAUUGUCGUAACUAUAUACAUAAGUAGGUAAAAUGCGUGCUUUUGUCUCAGAUAAAUGUAUAACGAUUAUGACUUAUAGAGUGACAGUAAAGCUGCCUGUUUAAUUUAUUAGAAAAUUAAGUAUUAUUAGCACUGAAUUCAUAUUUUUUUUCAUUUAAACAUUUGGUUUCAGUAUCGAUGUGAUUGUAUUAAUUCUACAUUGUUUAUGUUCCUAUUCAGACGAUAUGUUAGGAAUACGUUAAUAUUUUUGAAGUAUUAUCAUUAAGUACCUAUUUGUCUGAAUUUACAUUAAGACUUACCUAAGAUAUCUCACUAGGUGUGGAUCUUUUACAUACAGAAAAUCAACUAUGUGGAGGCAUCUGGUUGGUUCAAUCCGAUACAGACAGACUUGACCAAUCAGAGCGUGUAAUUAAUUGUCCAAUAGAUGCAUCAGAUAUUCUCAAUCGUACUAGUAAGAUGGUUUAUGUUAUUAUAUAAAUAAUGAAUAUAAAAAUUGUAUCAAUUGUAACAUUUUUGCACCGCAGAAUUCAAUUUCUGUUUUUAGAAUUUCAAAUCUCUCAUGUAUUUUAGCUACCCAGUAAUGUAGAGUAUUCAGUUUUCUAGUCUGCUCAGUGUUUCACCUCACUUCUUAUUCUUAUCAGAUAUAUACUUGUUACCUUUGCAAAUCUAACUCGCCUAUAACGAAUUGUAUAUAAAUUUAGUUAUUUAGCUAGUAGACACCAAAGAGGCAAGCGAGCGAAAUUAUAUAAAUUAGAUUUAUUUAUCUGUUAUGUAUUGUAAUGUUUAACUUAUUUAUAUGUGGGGCGUGGACCCCAUCGCUUGGAAUGUUAUUUCAUCGAAUUUACUUCAGACUAUGCCUGUAAUAAAGUGCGAUACGUUUUCAUAACA